AUGCACAAAGAGCGUACUGGCUCUCAGAUUCGAUAUGUCGGCAUGGCUUUGAAUAGUAACGUCUCGUCAUCGGAAAGGUUCGAAAAGAGGAAAUGUUUUGGUUUGCCGUUCAGAUGUUCACCGUGGGUAGAAAGAAGAUGCCAGAGUGUUGUACAGCGGCCUGCUUAUGCUACUAAUUGCUGCGUAGCGCAAUUAACGGUCGCCGAUGCUGCAGAACAACAUGAUGAAGUUCGCGUGGAGUUCUGUCCGCAACACUCGGAACACGAACGAGAGCAUUCCCUUCUUAUAAUGGACGCCACGUCCGAAGUCUACAUUGUAUCGCUUUUGAAGAAAGCGAUAGAGACUGAGCAUUUGACAAGAAUGAUGGAGAAAGUGUUGGAAGAAGCAGAAUUAUGUGGUGCUCUCUGUCUUGCCGGCAGAAAAAUGAAGGAAUUUCCCAGUGUGCUGUCUACAAAAUACGAUCUCUCCGACCUCGUUUCUUUAGAUCUCAGCGGGAACCGGCUAAGCGAUGUUCCUGCGUGUGUCUGCGAGUCGCGUUCACUGGAAUCAUUGCGUCUUCGAGACAACAUCUUGCGAAGUAUUCCUCUGAAUAUUUUUUAUCUACGUUCGCUAACUGUGCUAGAUCUAAGCAACAACAAAAUCGUCCACCUGCCCUUGAGUUUAUUCGAGUUGCCUUUGGAAAUCGUACUCCUGAAUGGAAAUCGCUUGGAUUCUAUUCCUCAUGAGAUUCGUCAACUUUCAUCUACUCUUGCAGAGCUAGACCUAAGUUGCAACUUGUUGAGAAGCAUCCCUGUUGAUAUUGCACUCUUGAAGAUGUUACGUGUCUUGAACCUGCGUCGUAAUUUGCUCGAACAAUUUCCUUCAGAAUUAUGUCGUCUCUCUUUGCAUACACUGGAUUUGUCGUGUAACCGACUGAAACAUUUGCCUCCACAUAUUGGGAAGAUGGGAUCUCUUGUGGAGUUCCAUAUGAGGCAUAAUCCCUUGCAAUUUCCACCAGCAGAUCUCAUUGUUAAGAUAGUUGUCGAAAACAACUGCUGCUUACAACAACUCUACAACAAAAUACUCAGUGUUCUAGCUAUCUGUUCUACUUGUCCGUUCGCAUCUAUUCCCCUCUAA